UCAUUACUCUCCGCCCCAUCUUGAAGCCCCAGUCAGUGCGCCGUCAGCCGCGGGACAACAGACCAAAGUAGAGGAUACCUCCACACUCAUGCCUUGAAAAAGGAGAAGAUAAACCAUUAACCUGGCGGUUUAAAAAUGAUUGAAACAAUGGAUACACAGCGUGCCUUGCAGGCGGUGGAGCGUCUCCAGGCCAAACUGAAGGAGCGGGGGGAGGUGCCCACCGAGGAGAAGCUGAGCCUGCUCAAAUCAGUGCUUCAGAGCCCUCUCUUCCACCAGAUCCUGGCCUUGCAGAAGUCUGUUCAGCAUCACAAAGACCAGGGCAAUGUCUCAUCACCAAGAGGGAGUGACCACGGUGAUGUCAGCACGGCGGUCAAGCCCAAUGGGAGCCACGUUUCCUACGCGGACAUCUCUGCCGCUGCUCACAUCAAUGGCAAGACGUCAUCUGAGGAGUUGGAGCAUAUUCUCCACUCCAUGGCGCAGGGGCGAUACGUGGCGCACGUGGAGCUGCAGAAGCCAAGCACAGGAGGUCUCGGCUUCAGCGUGGUCGGACUGAAGAGCGAGAACCGCGGGGAACUCGGCAUCUUCAUUCAAGAAAUCCAACCAGGAAGCAUCGCUGACUGCGAUGGGAAGCUCAAAGAGGCCGACCAGAUCCUGGCCAUCAACGGCCAGCCCCUGGACCAGACAGUGAGUCACCAGCAAGCCAUCGCCAUCCUGCAGAGUGCUUCAGAGAAGGUGCAGCUCACAGUGGCAAGAGGGCCAAUACCUCAGCUGACCAGCCCUGCCGUGUCCCGCACGCCUUCUGCUGCCAGCACGCUGUCAGCCAAGUCCAGCGCGUGGCAGCAUGUGGAGACCAUUGAGCUGGUGAACGAUGGCACUGGUCUCGGGUUUGGGAUUGUUGGAGGAAAGACUACAGGGGUGAUCGUUAAAACUAUCCUUCCUGGAGGAAUCGCUGAUCAGGACGGGCGCCUGCGCAGUGGGGACCACAUCCUCAGAAUCGGAGAGACCGACCUGUAUGGCAUGGGCAGCGAGCAGGUGGCCCAGGUCCUCCGGCAGUGCGGUAACCGGGUGAAGCUGGUGGUUACCAGGGGUCCUGCGGAGGACACUUCCUCUGCUGUCAUGUCUGUAGUUCUCCCAACAGUCACCGAACAUCAGGGUGUUGAGGAGGAAGAGGAGGAGCAGGAGGAGGAGGAGGUCGAGGACGAGGCUGAAGCAUUCGAUGUGAGCCUGACCAAGAACGCUCAGGGGUUGGGGAUCACCAUCGCUGGCUAUGUUGGAGAUAAAAAUUCAGAGCCGUCUGGUAUCUUUGUGAAGAGCGUAACAAAGGACAGCGCCGUAGAUCAAGACGGCCGCAUUCACGUUGGCGACCAGAUAAUCGCUGUGGACGGUGUAAACAUCCAGGGAUACACCAAUCAACAAGCAGUGGAGGUGCUCAGACACACGGGCCAGACGGUCCACCUUAAGCUGAUCCGGCGGGGCUUCGGGCCCGACGAGAUCCCCCCCACCGUGACCGCCAGUGCCGCCGUCCUGUCCUCGUCCGCCACCAUCCCCACCACCGCCACCGUCAUGAUGGAGCUGGAGCUGGAGAGAAAGAAGGAUGAGGAGCUCGCUCAAGUUACCGCAGAUGAAAAGCAGCUCCAGACAAAGAGUGACGGAUCUGAUGUCAGCCCAGCCACGGAUCAGCUAACAAAAGAAAAGCAUGGGUUGAAGUUAACGGGUUUUGAGGAGGAGGAACUGAAAAAGAAGUGGCAGGAGAUUCUUGGUCCAAGCAAUGAAGUUGUGGUGGCUCAGGUGGAGAAGUUUACUGAGAGCAGCGGCCUGGGCAUCAGUCUGGAAGCUAACAGCGGCCAUCAUUACAUCCGCUCCGUCCUUCCCGAGGGCCCAGUUGGUCGCUGUGGCAAGCUGUUCAGUGGAGACGAGCUGAUUGAGGUCAAUGGUAUAUCCCUGAUCGGCGAGACUCACAAAGAAGUCGUGAGGAUCUUGAAGGAGCUUCCAGUCUAUGUGUACAUGACAUGCUGCAGGCCUGCUCUUGAUCUUCAAGCUGACAUGGGUGUCGUCCAGCCAGAGACGGAGAAUCAAAUAGACCUCAGCAGUGCACUUGUUGCCGAGAACUCAGAGGUGAACACAGCAGCAGCGGCACAGGAUAGUGUGACAGAGGAGCUGAUAGGCCCUCCUUUGGCUAUGUGGGAGUUGGAGAUCCAGAAUAUUGAGCUUGAAAAAGGAGAAGGGGGAUUGGGAUUCAGUAUUUUGGAUUACCAGGACCCACUAGAUCCCGCCAAGACGGUGAUCGUGAUCCGCUCUUUGGUUCCUAAUGGUGUUGCCGAAAGGGAUGGCAGGCUUUUGCCAGGAGACAGGCUCAUGUAUGUUAAUGCAACAAACCUGGAGAAUGCCAGCUUAGAGGAUGCAGUUCAGGCCCUUAAGGGGGCCAAGCUUGGGAACGUCCAGAUUGGAGUUGCCAAACCACUGCCUGGAAUAUGUGGAUAUUCCCACUCUCCACACCCAUAUGGUGACCAGAACAUAACACCAUCAUCCAUCAUCCAUUCAUUUGACUUCAACAAUAUUUUGGUUGAAGAAGGAGAGGAAGAAGAACUGACUGAGGGCAUCCUUUACCGAGCAGAACCUGCAUUGAUUGACAACAGUGAAGGAGACCUGUCCGAUGAAAAGGUAUUACAUAAUACCUAUUCUCGGCUGGACGAGGACACUCCCCAGGCAUCCAUGAUUGCUCUCCAUGGUAGCAGCUGUAGCGCUGACCUUGAUUACGUGCACUCAUCCACACCUAAGCUGACAGCUCGCCUGAACGUGUUGGACGAGCAUUCCAGCUUUGCAUCAUCAUCUGGCUUUGAGGACAACACUCAAGCGUUCUCUCCGGAGACGUCGGCCUCUUACACUCCCGCGAGUUUGACAGGACACAUCCCAGCCAUUACUGCCAUUCUAACCAGCUCAGAUCAAUACUUGGCACAGCAGCCGAGCGCAGGAGAACCAGAGGAGUGCUCAAACUCGUACAGCACAUUUUCUGAAGCGGGAGGGAGGUCUGUUGUCCAGGAGGCACCCGUGGAGCCCUCGCACUAUCAGCAGGAGCCUGUUAUCUCUUUUGGAGAUAUUGGAAAUAUGACAAUCUUUAAGGACGAGGAGGCGGUUGUGAAAGAAUCCACAGAAGACGGUGACAAAGCGGCGCUGACCUCAGGGAGCAAUUUUGAAAGGACUAUCACAGUUGUCAAGGGCAACUCCAGUCUCGGGAUGACGGUGAGCGCCAUGAAAGACGGUUUGGGAAUGCUGAUCCGCAGUAUAAUCCACGGGGGCUCCAUCAGCCGUGAUGGACGCCUGGGGGUCGGCGAUCUCAUCUUAGCCAUCAACGGAGAGCCGACCACUAACCUGAGCAACGCCCAGGCCCGAGCCAUGCUCAGAAGGCACUCUCUCAUUGGACCAGACAUGGGAUCUGCUUGUGCACCUGAGGACGAUCUGUGCCCGUUUUAUGUUAUUACAUAUGUCCCAGCUGAGUACCUGGAGGAGUACAAGGCCAGCCUUGAUCAAGCUAAAGAUGACGUUUUCUCUGAAGCAGCUCCGCUCCCACUUCCUGCUCCAAAAGACACUCCCAGCCUCCCUGAGCGUGAAGAUGGAGAGGGAGAGGAGAGUGCCUCUCACAACUGGAAUCAGCCGAGGAAAGUGGAGCUGUUCAGAGCGCAUGGCAAGUCCCUGGGGAUUAGCAUCGUCGGAGGCAGAGGGAUGGGCAGCCGACUGAGCAAUGGAGAAGUGAUGAGGGGCAUUUUCAUCAAGCACAUCCUGGAGGACAGUCCUGCUGGACAGAAUGGGACCCUGAAGACUGGGGACAGAAUCGUUGAGGUGGAUGGAGUGGACCUAAGAGACGCCAGUCACGAGGAGGCCGUGGAAGCCAUACGAAGGGCCGGCAAAUCUGUCUCCUUCCUGGUUCAGAGUAUCAACCACAGACCCAGACAACAGCCAUCGAUAACGGACUGCAGCGAGGAGCGAGCUGCACCCAUAUCAAGGGACAACAAGGACAAGGAGGGUGACAGUCACAGUAGACUUUUCCUCCGCCUCUCCCCAACUAACCCUUUCACUCCUACCCCGUUUAAGCUGGCGAAGCGUGAAGCGGCGAAGCCAUCCCCCACCAGUGCCGUCCUCCCCCUGCCAGUGGUGCCCCAUGUGGGGGAGACCGAUACAGACACGCUCCCAGAGGUUCCCGGUCCGCCCGCAGAGACAGCCGAGGAGGAGGAGAAGGAGGAGGAGGAAGAGGUGGACGAGUUUGGAUACAGCUGGAAGAAUGUAAUCCAGCGCUACGGAGGCCUCCCAGGGGUGCUACAUAUGAUUGAGCUGGAGAAGGGGAAGACAGGUCUUGGUCUGAGCCUGGCGGGGAACAGGGACCGCUCCAGAAUGAGCGUGUUCGUGGUAGGAAUAGAUCCCAAUGGAGCUGCAGGCCGGGACGGACGGAUGGUAGUAGGGGAUGAGCUAUUAGAGAUCAACGGACAAGUUCUUUAUGGCCACAGUCAUCAGAACGCAUCGUCCAUAAUCAAGAGUGCUCCAUCCAAAGUCAAAAUCAUCUUUGUGAGGAACACGGAGGCGCUGGAGCAGAUGGCCGUGGGACCGGUGAGAGAGCACGGUGGAGACGCCGCGGAGCCCCGCGCUGAGCUGGAAACGACCUCCACGAACGGCGACGCCGAAGCUCCGGAGCACGUCCAUCACAUCUCACAGUCUAAGGAGGACGGGGGACUUGGCAUCACGUUCGUCGAGGGCAACACAGAGACUGGGAUCGAGGUUCAAAGUAUAUCUAAGACGAUGGGACACCCUGGAAAUCAGGAAGACUGCAUGAAGCCUGGGGACAAACUCCUGGCUGUGAACGGGGAAUCCGUGCUCGGAUACACUCCUGACCAGGUCAAUUCUUUGCUAAGAAGAGCCAAAGGUCCACUGAAGCUAACCUUCUCUUCAAAUGAGACCCCCUCCUUCUCCUCUCCCCAGUCAACUUGCCAGGACGAUGGAGUCCUCGCCAGCCUACCCACCAUGCCUAGCACCACCCCGACCACCUUAAGUCAGCCAGAGGCGGAGGCAGCGACCAGUUUCAGUCGCUCAUCCACCCCUUCCACUCUGGCCUGUGACCCAGCGACCUGUCCCAUCAUCCCCGGCUGUGAGACCACCAUAGAGAUCUCUAAGGGCCGCACGGGCCUGGGUCUGAGCAUCGUGGGAGGCUGCGACACCCUGCUGGGAGCCAUCAUUAUCCACGAAGUGUAUGAAGAAGGAGCAGCCUCCAAAGAUGGCAGGCUGUGGGCAGGAGACCAAAUCCUAGAGGUGAACAGCAUGGACCUGCGGGCGGCCAGUCACGACGAGGCCAUCAACGUCCUGCGGCAGACGCCGCAGCGGGUCCGGCUGAGCGUCUACAGAGACGAGACCCAGUACAAGGAGGAGGACCUGUGGGACUCCUUCACGCUGGAGCUGAACAAGCAGCCUGGCCAGGGCCUGGGCCUGAGCAUCGUGGGCAGGAGAUCGCGGGACAACAGGAACGACACCGGGGUGUUCGUGUCUGACAUCGUGAAAGGAGGCCUGGUGGACGCCGACGGGCGACUGAUGCAGGGCGACCAGAUCCUGUCAGUCAACAGUGAGGACGUCAGGUCGGCCACUCAGGAGGCCGUGGCCGCCCUGCUCAAGUGCUGCGUGGGGGCCAUCAAAAUGGAAGUGGGAAGGUUUAAGGCGGGUCCCUUCCACUCUGAACGGAGGAUGUCUCAAAGCAGUCAGGUGAGUGAAACAGGCAGCGGCAAGGUGGCCCAUCCUUCAUGUACAGACUCUGGAAGCCUCCCCGGCGACUCUGACAAGCUAAGCAGGAGUCAGGAAUCUGCCGAGCAGCCCGACUCCAGGACGGUGGAGUUCACCAAAGGCCCCAGUGAUUCUCUGGGCAUCAGCAUAGCAGGGGGAGUGGGCAGCCCUCUGGGCGACAUCCCCAUCUUCAUCGCCAUGAUGAACCCCAACGGGCUGGCUGCUCAGACCCAACUCAAGAUCGGAGACCGGAUUGUCAGCAUCUGUGGCACGUCCACUGAAGGCAUGAGCCACUCUCAGGCUGUCACCUUGCUGAAAAACGCCACAGGCACCGUACAGCUGCAGGUGGUGGCAGGUGGCGACGCCACGGUGACGGGCCCCUCUGAGGAGCAGGCGGGGGGCGGGCUGGCACCCAGCUGCAUCUUCCAGGAUGACAUCGGCCCCCCUCAGUAUAAGACCAUCACUCUGGACAGAGGACCCGACGGGCUGGGAUUCAGUAUCGUCGGAGGACACGGCAGCCCCCACGGAGACCUGCCCAUUUAUGUCAAAACUGUGUUUGGAAAGGGUGCAGCAGCGGAGGACGGCCGGCUCAAGCGAGGCGAUCAGAUCAUGGCCGUCAACGGGCAGACCCUGGAGGGCGUCACUCACGAAGAGGCCGUUGGCAUCCUGAAGAGGACCAAAGGAACCGUCACACUCACUGUGCUGUCAUAGACUCUAGCUCACUUAGCCACUCAAUACAUUCACUACACACAUAUACACACAUAUAUAUACAUAUAUAUAUAUAUUACAUUUGCACCAAAAGUUUUUGAAGGCUCAAACUUCACAAUAGCAAAAACACCACACAAAUACAGCAACGAGAGAACUCACGUCGGCAGUAUUCAGCAGCUAGGUGAUUGUAUUCACUUGUGAAAAUACUCACACUGAAAUGUGAGCGACUAAUAAUGGAAUAAUGAAGGAGAGGCGCAUCGCUCGGUAUAGGUCUGAACACUGUGAGAAACGAAGCCUGCUAGAAGUAGACUUCUCAUGCAAAACGAUAGAGGAUCACAGUUUUUUAAUGAUGUGAAGCAUUCCUAUGACACUGGACUGAAGCACGGCGCCGCCGAGGCGCAGCGCUCCGAAGGAGAAGAUGUGAAGUACUGUAGGUCUGGUUUGAGUGUCAGACCUCCUCCAUGAAGUAUAGUGCUGCUAAAGCUGAAGCAUAAGGUAUUAUAUCACAGUAUUCUUUCCUUUUUUUCUUUUUUUUCGGAUUAAUGUUCACUUCAUUCAUGUAAGUUGUCCAGAGAAGUAAAUGAACGCGGUGGCUGAAACUGUCGACCUUCAGGUUUGCCCAAGAUUAAAGUCUCCCCGUGUGUAGUGAGUGAAGUCGUCGGGCGUGUGUCGUGUAUUUCUAGCUGGAGAUAAAAAAGAAAAGAAGUCCUUCCUCUGUCUUAUCACCUUCAUUGUGUUUCUAGCGCUGUCAAAGUGGCAGUAUCAAGUCUAUUCACGCUGACUUUAAUAAAAGUGACCUUUGGAUUCAA